UGUCAAAUCCCUUGGCGGCGCUGCGUUCCUUCUCUUGGACAUCUUCAACAUUUGCACCAUGGGCAGCGGAGCUUUGAGGCAUGCAUGCGGCACCGAUGGCUAUAAGCCACGCCGUGCGGGAGGGCGCAGGGAGGGCCGCCGGCCAGUCUGGACUCUGAACGGACCACCAUGUCCAGCUCCCCCAUGGGUAUGAAUCGACACAUAUUGCUCUAAAUAAUUUCUUUUCUAGAAUGGUACACGUUUGUCAUCAAGCAGAGGCGAUGAGAUAAAUGCUGCAACGCAGGAGCGCAAGCUCCACGGAAUGCAUGCGGCCUGGGCUGACAUGGGUCAGCUGCGGCCUCGGCCGUCGAGUCACGUCUCGCCCUUCCGAAAAACCCGGUACCACGAUCUCGUCAGCCAGCCUCAGCUUGCUCCAUCGCUAGCUGAUGCAACCCACUGGGAGGCGGACAUCGAAAAUGGAGCGCAAGCACGUCGCUGUCAUCGGCGCGGGUGUGUUGGGCCUCACGGCGGCCUUGGAGCUUGCCAGGCAAGGUCAUGGAGUUACAGUUCUUGCAAAAGACCUGCCCGGCGACUGGACCAUCGACUACGCCUCGCCCAAAGCUGGCGCUCAUUUCCGUCCGACCGCCGUGACCAAUGCCCAGGAGGCCUUCGAAAAUACGCUCAUGCACGAGACCUACGCGAAACUCAGCGAGAUAUGCAGGACUGAAAGCACUUCGGGUGUGGAGUUUGUGCCUGCUGUUGAGUAUUUUGACGCGGAACUGGGCCCAAGGGACCUUGAAAUGUUCUCGGCGUGGCCCCGGUUCCGCGUGCUUGGCCCGUCCGAGCUGCCCCAAAGCUCUACCAUCAAGGCUGGCUUGACGUAUUCAGCCUGGGUUCUGAACUCUCCUGUGUACCUCGUCUGGCUACAAAGAAGGGCCGAGGCUCAUGGAGCCAUAUUCUUCCGUGAGCAUCUAACGUCGGUGCAGGAAGCCUUCUUCCUCGCCGCACACCACAACUCUACUCAGCCUCCUCCUUGCGCGGUUGUCAACGCCAGCGGGAUGGGGUUUGCCGAUCCCAACUGUUUCCCGUCGCGCGGACAAUUCAUACUCAUAUCCAACGAGUACAACCGCACCGUAUCCCACCACGCGGCAGACGGAAAUGCGACAGUUGUUAUCCCUCGUCCUCUGGGAGGUGGGACAGUAAUUGGGGGUACUAAGGAACCGCACAAUUGGUCGCCUCUCAAUUCGGACGCAGCCGUCGAUGAGAUCGUGAGGCGCGUAUCAGCACUCUGCCCAGAUUUACUUCAGCCAAUCGCUGGAUCACUCGACCCGACUCCAGUGUUGGACUGUCAGGAAGCUUACAUCGGACGCCGCCCUAUGCGCAGUGGUGGGCUUCGCCUCGAGACAGAAUUUAUUGACCUAAUAACGACCGGUCGAACAGGGCUGGAUACUGAGACUAGCACACUGCCAGUCAUCCAUUGCUACGGUGCAGGGCCUAGCGGAUACAAGAUCAGCUGGGGUGCCGCUCAAAGGGUGACAGAAAUGGUGAACUCUCUUUAAAUAUUUCGACGAGCCUACAAGAACAGUUCCCGAAUGGGUUGAAAGACUACAUUAAGAGGUCUAGCGACGCAGCGACGAUUCAAUCGACUUUUUCGGCAUCCUCUAUGGGGGUCCCCCCGCGACGCCGACGCUGCCUCCAUCAGCCACGGCCAUAUUCUAAACCACAAUGCUCAUACCAGCUUCAUGUGCAUCAUGCGGCCUCCUGGGCCUAUCAUCUUAUUUUCGUGGCUGUGUGCUGCCGACAACCUCGAAUUCGAACUUCACAUUUUCCCAGCCAGGUCGCCGCCUGAUUACGAGGCUCAUUCCAGCCCCUUGCUUGUCUGGUUUGGAGGCCCCGCCCAUGAUGGUGGUCGUAGCCAUCUCGGGGAGCUUGACAGGAGCGCCAUUUCCAUCAGACGACUUGUCGAAGGCCAGGGCCAGCGCCGCAGCAGUACCAAGAAUUUCGGCAAAGGCGAAGUUGCGGCCGGGACAAAGGUGUUUACCGCCGCCGAAUGGGAUAUACGAAUUGCACUUAUCCUUCUCAGCUUACGCAGAAAGCUUAGCCUAACGGCCAACGAAGCGAUCGGCCUCAUAUUCGGCUGCUCCAUUCGAUGCGUGAAUCCAGCCGGGAUGUGCACAUCAGGUCCCUUCUUGAGUAGGAGCGAAUCGCCUUUCCCGUUGGAGAUGACGGUCUCUUCCAUGACGCGACGGACGCAAAGUGCGUGGUUCGAGAGGCGGAUGGACUCGCGGUAGCAGCUGACAAGAAGGGGACACACCUCAUCAAGCCUCGUAAUGUUGAUGGUGACGACGUUGCUGCCCUCCUUACGCUGCGCAAGCGGGUCAGGCUCAAUCCGGAGACGCUCAACAACGUCAAAGCGAGUGAAGACAUUGGCGAUCAUCCAGAAGGCGGUAGGGAUGGUGUUUUCCGUAGUGAGCUGCAGUAGGCUGGCCUCGAACCGACCAAUCUCGCUGUCGGGCAAGCCGUACUUGCGCAACACGGCGGCGCGGGCGCUCGUGACGGCGGCAACAGACUCAUGGUGGUCUCCGCGGUUAGCAUAGUACUCGCCCAGUGCCUUUUGCAACUUCUCGCGGGAGCGCAAUGCGCCUGCAUUGGUCACUGAAUGCCAGGGAGUGAUGAGCAUCUUGGGGAUCGCGUUCUCCCUGCACAUGUAUUGACGCAGUUAGGGCUUCUUCACAU